GGAUUUGACCCCGGAAGCAGGGUGUUGGGCUCCGGUGCGGUAGCGACGGGGGACUGCGGCGCUAGCCUCAGAUAGCAGCAAUGUUUCACUUCUUCAGAAAGUCUCCGGAAUCUAAAAAGCCCACAGUACCAGAGACAGAAGCCGAUGGAUUUGUCCUUUUAGGAGAUACGGCACAUGAGCAAAGAAUGGCAGCAAGAGGUAAAACUUCAGAAGAAGAAGGCAACCAACCUUUGGAGACUGGCAAAGAAAACUCAUCCAGUGUGACUGUAGCAGGCCCCGAGGUGGAAAAUAAGGCAGGCCAGACUUUGGAAAACAACUCAUUAAUGGCUGAACUCCUCAACGACGUACCCUUCACCUUGGCCCCACACGUGCUGGCUGUGCAGGGCACCAUCAGUGACCUUCCAGACCACUUACUCUCCUAUGAUGUCAGCGAAAAUUUAUCACGGUUUUGGUAUGAUUUCACUCUUGAAAAUUCAGUGCUCUGUGAUUUGUAAUCUUUAUGUCUAUUUGCACCUUAACAGCUUUCAACAAAGCUUUGCCUAUUUUAUUUAACCCGUUUGAUGUUCUUUGCCAUUUCACUGCUUAACCGUCCCCAGAAACGCAAGGAUCAUAAAGCAAAGAAAAUGUCAUUGUGUUCAUUACUCUUUUUUUUAGAAUAAAGGAUAUUUGUAUAAGAGUGGGACUAAAGUUCUACCUCCUUUCCCCCCAGAUAAUAAAUUUAAAACUUAGGCUAUCAAGGUUCUAUGAAAGGAUCAGACUUCAACCAGUCUCUCAAAAUAGAACACCUCAGGUUUGUCUUAGAAGAGCUGGCACUUUUCUUAGUUACCACGACUCUGAAGUCUGUGCUUCGAAUGGAGCGUGACUUGUCUGCUUUGGAGGAAGUUUGAGUUAAUGGUACUCCCUUUAUUCUUCCAGUG